UAGCGCCACCGUACCCUCCCUCGUUUCUCCCCAGCACACACAUCCUCCUCCACUCCAAUCAACCUAGGACAUCCUCGCUUCUCCUUGAGCUCUUGCGAGCUCGGAGUCGGAGCUCCUCGCAACUGCCGCCGAUCAGCCUGCGCUCAGCGCUGGAAGGUGUUUGAAGAAUAGCUUGAAGGUUUUUUUUUUGAAAGAAUAGCUUGAAGGUUCAUAGUAACCUUCAAUUGUUGGAAGAUGUAUCGGGCUAAGAGGGCUGCAUUGUCACCAAAGGUGAAGCGCCGUGUUGGGAAGUAUGAGCUCGGACGCACCAUUGGGGAAGGAACCUUCGCAAAGGUCCGGUUUGCUAGGAACACUGAAAACCAGGAACCUGUUGCAAUCAAAAUCCUUGACAAGGAGAAAGUUCAGAAGCGCAGAUUGGUUGAACAGAUUAAGCGUGAAAUUUGUACCAUGAAAUUAGUAAGGCAUCCUAAUGUUGUUCGACUGUUUGAGGUGAUGGGAAGUAAAGCAAAAAUUUUCAUUGUUCUGGAAUAUGUUACAGGUGGAGAGCUUUUUGAAAUCAUUGCUACUAAUGGAAGGUUGAAGGAGGACGAAGCACGCAAAUACUUCCAACAACUGAUUAAUGCCGUUGAUUACUGCCACAGUAGGGGAGUGUAUCACAGAGACUUGAAGCUAGAGAAUUUGCUGCUUGAUGGUGCUGGAAAUCUCAAAGUUUCUGACUUUGGUUUAAGUGCUUUAACUGAGCAAGUGAAGGCUGAUGGUCUGCUUCAUACAACAUGUGGAACCCCCAAUUAUGUUGCCCCAGAGGUGAUCGAGGAUGGAGGCUAUGAUGGUGCAACUGCAGAUGUCUGGUCUUGUGGAGUAAUCCUCUUUGUUCUUCUUGCUGGAUAUUUACCUUUCGAGGAUGACAACAUCAUCGCCCUAUACAAGAAGAUUUCAGAAGCUCAGUUUAGCUGCCCCUCUUGGUUUUCGGCUGGAGCCAAGAACCUGAUUACCAGAAUUCUUGAUCCUAAUCCUACAACUAGGAUCACGAUUUCUCAGAUACUGGAACAUCCUUGGUUCAAAAGGGGGUACAAGCCUCCUCUUUUUGACGAGAAAUACCAAACUAGCUUGGAUGACGUGGAUGCUGCUUUUGGAGAUUCAGAAGACCAGCAUGUGCAAGAGGAAACUGAAGAUCAGCCAACCUCAAUGAAUGCAUUUGAACUGAUUUCACUAAACCAGGCACUGAAUCUGGAGAAUUUGUUUGAAGCAAAGGAGGAGUAUAAAAGAGAGACAAGAUUCACCUCACAGUGUCCCCCAAAAGAGAUAAUCACAAAGAUUGAAGAAGCUGCAAAGCCGCUUGGCUUUGAUGUUCAGAAGAAAAAAUACAAGAUGCGGAUGGAGAACCCGAAAGCAGGUAGAAAAGGCAAUCUAAAUGUUGCAACUGAGGUUUUUCAAAUAGCCCCAUCCCUACAUGUAGUUGAGCUCAAGAAGGCAAAGGGGGAUACUCUGGAAUUCCAAAAGUUCUACAGAAGUCUGUCAACCCAACUGAAGGAUGUUGUGUGGAAGUGUGAUGGCGAGGUGAAGGGCAACAGCACGGCAGCAUGAAGCGGCCUUUGAACUUUCACAAGACGGCCCUGGCUUUCCUUGUACAUAGCUUCUCUUUCGGAUGAUCGGUGUCCAUUGCAGAGUCGGUUUUGCAAGCAAGUUCUUUGGUUCAUUUGUUGAUGGCGAGUAAGCCCGAUGAAACAACCGUCUUGAAGGCUGUUGUGGAUGAGCUUAUUGGCGUGUUGUUUAGUUUAUUUUACGGUCAGGAAGUUGGAUGGAAUGGAAACCACAAUCAAGGCUGUAGUAGUGUGUAGUAAUGAGGUAUUGAGAUACAUCAGGUGGUGUAAGGGAGUACCAGUUGUUAGUUCAUGGCUUCAAGUUUAGCCCCCUUCAAUUUGUUCUAUGAUAUGAUGUGUUACUUCAGAAUAAACAUUACUUCUAGAUGUAUGAGGUGAAACACACUUAUCUUUUGUC